AUGGAACGAUGUCUUCUGUACAUAGGUGGAGGUGCUGGAGCGUUAGCCCUUACUGGAGUCGCGGCUGCCUCUGCAUAUUACUUAACCAAAGGUCCGAGUUGUGCUCCUGAAAGACCUUUAUUCCCAUUGGAAGCUCAGUGUAUAGAAGAAGAAGAGCAUGAGCUAAAGUUCACUACUCUUGAACUAAUUUCUGCCACAGCUUUUAGGAAACUGACGCCAGCCUGUCGCAAACAUGGCUACCUGUCGAGCUACAAUAGGGAAAAGAUUAGAUGUAAGGACCUUCCUGUGGGAGGUACCAAUAACCAAUAA